AUGAAAAGUGUUUUGUAUUAUAAAGACAGAUUUUAUGAUCACAUCCACACAGUCCACAAACCAACUUACUACGAUAUUUUACCUGGAAAAAGACCAUAUUCAGUUCUUAGAAAAAGAGUUAUUUCACUUAUAAGGGAACCAAAAGAACUUGAUCCUGUUAAUAUUUUAAGGUCACAAAAUGAAGAAAUCUUUAUCAGUCCCCACAAGCCUGCACUAUUUAAAUGUGAGUUAAGACCGAAAAUCAAGCGAAGAAACGUGCUUUCUUUAGAUGGAAAAUCUUACUCUCCCCUCUGUGAGGAAAAAAAACCAUUCGAAAAAUCCUAUUUUUGUAAAGCCUAUCCCUCUGUGAGAUAACAAAAAUAUUUUAUUAUAAAAAUGUUUUAUGAAAAAAAUCGAAAUAUAAAUGAUAAUUUUAUAAUGAAUCUCUGGCUAAUUCUGUUUAAUUUUUAAACAGCUUGCAUUUUAAAACAUAAAUUUCGCAAACUAUUAAUUUUUCCUUCUUAAUUUUUACGAAUUUGGAUUUUUUUAAAUUUUGAAAAAAAUAUUUUACUUUAAAAUUUAUUUAUAUAUAAAUUUAAAAAAAAAAAAUUAACCCCCUCCAUGAAAUUUUUUUUUCGUUCACAGAGGGGAAUUAUGAAAAAUUAAUACAAGAUAGAAAUAAAAUCCAGGAUGGAGCCAUAACUGAUAGAUCUAUAAGAAGAAGCAUUUCGCCAUUACCACUCAGAACUGAUAUAAACAAAUUAUGCAAUAUUAAGCCCAUCCUCCCUAAGCGUUCACAAAGUGUAGGGAGAAAGUCUAUGAAAAUGAUUAUCCAUGUUUAGGAUAAAUAACAUCUUUUUAUCCAAAUAAUUUAUUACUGACUCCUGGUUAACCAAAAAAUACUAUUUUCCAUAAAUAGUAUAUAAAAAUCCCUGUAGAAAAAAUUAGAGAAGAAGUGCCAAUUACGUCAUGGGAGCAAAGUCCUCAUGAUAUGAAAUUUAUAUCAUUAAUAAUAUAGAAUAUCCCAAGAUAUUUUUCUAAAAAAAUAAAUCUUUUAACCUCUCAUAUAGGUAUAUACGAUUACUACAAUCUCCCAACCGUCAAAUAA